AUGGGAGAUCACAAAUGCAUGAAUGAGUACUAUCCUCCGGACUAUGAUCCGGAGAAGUUGCCGCGACUAAAGACGCUCAAAAACUGGUCGGGCCAGGGCGGUCAAGGUCGCGACCGUAUUAUGGAAAUCCGUACUAUGUUGCCUUGGAACAUUCGAUGCAACACUUGCGGUCAUUACAUGUACCGUGGAACGAAAUUCAACUCAAGAGUCGAAGCGGCCACCGACUAUCCGAAGUACUUGGAGUACAUAACGAUUAGAAGAUUCUACAUUCGUUGCCUUAACUGUGUCAGCAACAUUACAUUCAUCACAGAUCCAGAAGCUAUUGACUAUGCAAUGGAAGCGGGUGCAACACGACUUUUCGAAACCAGACGUUUGAAUGCGACCUUGGAAAAAGAAGAAAAGGAGAAACGCGAAAAAGAUGCUAAAGAAAAUCCGAUGGCAGCUUUAGAGAAAAGAACCCAAGAUUCCCAGAAAGAGAUGCUUCUAAUGGAGAAACUCUCUGAGCUGACAGAAGAGAGGAAAGCUAAGCUAAAGAUAUCCGACGACCUGUUGCUAAUGAACGUUCUUGAAGGUGCAGAAGAAAAAGCCAAACAAGACGAUCUUAUAUUGACAAAGCUUGCGCGAGAAGUCAUGCGUAAGGAGCAAGAGUUAGAUGAGGAUGAGCCAGAGACCGAGACUUUCAAGAAGGUGCUUGAAGAACGAAAAAGAAAAACAGAAAUGGCUCCUCCAGUAGUACCUGGAAAGAAAAAGAAAACUGUCGAUACGAAAAAAGCGCUCUCGAAAGGAUUUGGUGGAAUAAAAGUCAAGGGAAAAUCUAUAACACAGACAACGAAAGAUACGUCUGAACUUCCAUCAAAGUCAACACCCUCAACAUCGCCAGAAAAUGAACCCUCUUCUUCUUCGUCCAAUCCUUUUGGUAUUGACUACGGUUCCGACAGUGACUCCGAUUAA